AUGUCAACCUCCGAGGUUUCAAACCAGGCGUUGAAUGCCAUAACUGACAAGAUUUUGCUCCUUGUUAAAAGGUCGCAAAAACUCGCAGAAGACAAUCUGGCUGCUUUGACUUUGGCACACGAGAUUGCCGUGAAUUUGGCGACCACAUUCUCGCAGCAUGGUCGCACCGCCACUGCCAUUGCGCCGAUACUCUUAUCCUGUGCUGCUGAGAUCAGGGACAAGAGCCUCAACGGGAGGUUGAAGGGGCUGCCGGACUGGUCAUCAAUCUCGGAUGAUGACAUCCGCAUCCAUGCCCAUCCCCUAUACCAGAAGACUGUUGGAUACCAACUCCCACCCGCAUCUACAACUGCACUGGGACCCAUACCUGCGCCGGCUCCAUCGUCGGCACAAGUCUCUUUCGAAGAGCAUGCUGCCUCACCAAUUAUGGCGCCUCCCAUCACCGAGACGAAGCACGACCUUUUUGUGCAAGGUACUGCGACCAAACAGAAGGCCAGCACGUCAGAAUCCGAGGACAACAACGUCCCAGAGGUUAUCAUCCGGAAUGCCAAACCGUUGAGCAAGACUCGGCUGGAUGCCAUCGAGGAUGAUGACAACAUCCCAACUCAGGAUGUCAUUUUUGUAAAGAGAAAACCAACAGUUGGGCCAAGUGAUCAGCCCUCAAUUGUGCAAGACCGCUUGCUUUCUAAAGCCGAGUCUUCUUCAGAAUCGGAUGCUGAGGAUGCCGAGUCUUCCGAAGAGACAUCAUCGGUCCGCAUCUUCGGUGUGCCAUGCGAACACUGCAUCAAGGACAAUGUUCCUUGCACCGCCAUCCUCGCCAAGAAAUCCAGCGAGAUAAAAUGCCGUCAACCAGGUCCUGAAUGUGGCACUGUCCUUCGAGGGGAGGUCGCCGCACGCAAGGCCAAGGCAGCUGCAGCUGCCAACAAGAAGGCAAAGAAGGCCAAGAAGAAGACCGACGCACCGGCUCCUUUGCCGAAGUCGAUAGAUCGACCCAAGGUGCCCAUGAGUACACGGUCAACACGCUCCGUGUCAAAGGUCCAGCCGCGAUCUCCAACACCACCGACUCCUCAUAUGGAGUCAGAUGAGGAUGCUGAUGGUGACAGUGUUCUUGAUGUCAAACAAGCAACAGUCGCACCACUUUCCCUGGCCAUUGCACUCCCAACAUCUCCUGAGAAACAUGUUAACGCAGAGUUUCAUCCAGAUAUUGAACACCUGCAACAACCGGCACCCAGUCCUGCAGACUUCAACGUCGACAUGGGCGUUGCCUUCGACCGCGUCGAACCAUCUACUCGGAUCGGGUUUAAUACCCCCAUCCCGCAAUCCAUGGAACAGCUGACAAAUCGGGACCUGCUCCUCCGAAUUGAUGCUCUCGGCAGUAAGUUCGAGGUGUUGUUCAAGACUUCGGGCGAUCGCACCGAUGCCCUUCAUCGAGAGAUGGAUUCAAGGUUCAUCGCCUUGGAUGACAACUGGGCCGCCAGGUUCGUUGCGAUGGAGGACAAGAUCCAGAGUGUUGAGGAGAGGGUUCAGGAUGUGGAGAUGAAAACCUGCGGCAACGUCGCAUCGAUCAGAUACAUGGCCAAUGCACUCAAGGCCAUGAAGAUCCCCUGA